CAUGUCCUGCCCCAGGCUACAGUGAAUACUCCUUGUCACAAUUAUUGGAAAAGUCAAAAUAUAAUUUCAGAGGACCCCAUUACACUGGGCAGCUGCAUAUGGCUCAGAGGAAAAUGUUCGACUGCUGAUAAAGCAUGGGGCAAACAACCUUAUGCCAGACCAGGAAGGAAAAACACCCCUCCAUUGGGCUGCUAUAAGCAAGGCUGAAAGUGCGACAGCAUGUGUUCGUACACUAAUAGGUGCAGCUCCUUCAAGCGUGAACUGGCAAGACUAUGAUGGGAUAACUGCCUUGCAUUUAGCAGUUGCUGAAGCAAGAAAGGAUAUAGUCGAUGUUAUACUCUCUGUACCAAAAUGCAAUGUAGAUUUAACAGACAAUCAUUUCAGGACAGCCCUACACUGGGCUUGCAACAGAGGACUGACAGCAAUAGUUAGCCGAUUGUUAGAACGAGGAGCUCAUUUAGGUGCAGUUGAUGUUUAUGGAGCAACUCCACUGCAUUAUGCUGCACAGCUUGAUCAUGCUGAUACAGUGGAACUGUUGGUUAGGCGACCAUGUGUCCGGGAUAAUCCAUCAAAAGAAGGUCACACAGCCAUGUUGUGGGCAGCAGCACGCGGUGCUGAUUCAGCCCUCACAGUAAUGGCAAGACAUGGAUCAUCCUUAACUCAGGCUGAUCCAGGAGGAUGCACUGCCCUGCACAUUGCAGCAGGAUCAGGUCACGUCUCCACUGUUGGUGUCCUACUGCGCCUACGUGCACCGAUUGACAUAUGUGCUAAUGAUGGCUGCACACCUUUGCUUCAUGCUGCACAAGGGGGCCAUGCCCACAUUGUUAAAUUAUUAGCAAAAGCUGGAGCAUCUCUUGAUCAUCGUGACAGCGAAGGUCAAUGUGCUCUGCACCAUGCAGUCCUUGGUGGACACCUCUACUUGGCCCAAAUUCUCAUAAGAGCAGGUACAUCUGUAAAUGUACGUGAUUACUCUGGACGUACUCCUCUUCAUAUGGCAGCAUAUAGAGGACUGAGUGACAUUAUGUUCCUAUUAUUAGAAAAUCGAGGUGAUGUAAAUGCCAGAGAUCAUCAGGGUCAGAGUCCAUUACAUUGGGCAGCACAAGAAGGCCACUUAGGAGCUGUUAAUACACUACUAGAUUUUAGAGCAUAUCCCAACUAUACACAGACCACAGAUGACAGCAUUAUGAGAGGGGCUCGAAAGAAGACUGUUCGAAAUUUAGAAUUACCUGACCAGGGGAACUGGGGUUGGAUAAUCAGCUGACAGAAAGUGAUCAGAAUUUUGCAGAGGAUGAAGCUUCAGAAUCAGAGGACGAUUAUGCCUUCAUGACUCGUGCAAUCAAAGGCCCUUCACUAGUGCUUGCGCAGGCUCUACAUAUGCCUGGAAUUAUAGCCAGUGCAGUUUUGACUGUUGGUGAUA